GUUUGAAUUUUCGUUAACGAAAAGGAAAAAAAACAAACAUCGAAAACUUUCCCCGCGAGAAGCACCAUACAUUCCUUUUUGGUUCCCCGAGCCGCCUGAGUAAACCCUAAAACCUCUUCCUCCCUUCCCUCUUUCCUUCCUUCCUUUCCACCUCUUCAACUCAUAUACGGACCCAUGCAAGUACUCGCGAGAGUUUCCUCAUUCAAUCCCUUUUCGACAUUCUUUUCUCAUUCUGUUCCAGUUUGUACUAAUCUCUAUAACCCCCAAAAGUAUUUCAAGAAGCAUAGUUUGAGCUGUUUGAUGCCAGUUUCUCCAACUGUUCGAACAAUGGCGCUUAAAUUCGAGGUUUUGGGUCGGUGUAAUCGUGCUCGUGCGUCUAAACUUACGCUUCCACACUUCGAGUGUCAGACGCCUCUAUUUAUGCCUGUUGGAACACAAGGCACAAUAAAAGGUCUAACGACUAGCCAACUCGAAGAUAUCGGCUGUCAAAUAAUACUUGGAAAUACCUACCAUUUGGAACUUCGUCCUGGUUCAGAGUUGAUUGAUGAACUUGGGGGCCUGCACAAUUUUAUGAUCUGGCCAAGAGCAUUACUUACGGACUCCGGUGGCUUUCAAAUGGUCUCUCUGUUGCAUUUAGCUGACAUCACUGAGAAGGGUGUGACAUUUCAGUCACCUGUCGAUGGAAAGCCAAUGCUCUUAACACCUGAAGAAUCAAUACAAAUCCAAAAUAGAAUUGGAGCAGAUAUCAUUAUGGCCCUUGACGAUGUUGUCAAAACCACUAUUACUGGUCCACGAGUUGAAGAAGCUAUGUAUCGCACCAUACGUUGGAUAGACAGAUGUAUAGCUGCUCACAAGAGACCAGAUGAACAAAAUUUGUUUGGUAUAGUACAAGGAGGUUUGGAUCCAGAUCUCAGGGAUAUAUGCGUUAAAGAACUGGUCAAGCGCAAUUUACCUGGCUAUGCUAUUGGUGGUCUUUCAGGCGGCGAAGAAAAAGAUUCAUUUUGGCGUGUUGUGGCUCAGUGCACUGCAGCUUUGCCCGAUGAUAAACCCCGAUAUGUUAUGGGUGUUGGAUAUCCUCUUGAUAUUGUUGUGUGCAGCGCAUUAGGUGCCGACAUGUUUGACUGUGUAUAUCCAAUGCGUACGGCUCGUUUUGGAACAGCUCUUGUACCUGAGGGGUUGCUUAAAUUAAAGCACAAUGUAAUGGCCAGUGAUAUGCGUCCCAUUGAUCCAGAAUGCACCUGUAUGGUCUGCAAGAAGUAUACAAGAGCUUAUAUUCAUUCUCUUGUUACAAAAGAUGCUAUGGGAUCUCAGCUCGUAUCAUAUCACAAUUUGUCUUACAUGAUGAGGCUUAGCAGGGACCUACACAUGUCCAUAGUUAAAGGAUGCUUCCCAGAGUUGGUUUGUGGCUUUCUUAAGAAGAUGAUAUUCCUAUUACUCAAAUGUGUUUUAGCUGCAUCUGGUUUCGUUUUACCUUUUCUUGUCUUUUUUUAUUACCGUUCAAAUUGAUGACUAGAUGUGAAACAUUGGCAAUAUCAUAACUAGUCAGGGUAGUUUCUUUUAACACAUGAUCACCAUUCAUCCUUGAGUUGAGACGGUCAACGACUUGUACUCUUUCGUCCUAGUAUAACAUCAUAGUUGCGACGGUCAACGACUUGUACUCUUUCGUCCUAGUAUAACAUCAUUCUAGUUUUAAGCCCCAGCGGAAGUUGGUUUAAGCUUAAGUUCUCGCGCCACCAUUUUUGCUUCAAACAAAACCAACUGUAAGUUUGCUUCCCCUUUGAUGUAUUAUCUGAACCCAAAUAUUUUCUAACUCUUGCAGUUCCCCAAAGGUGAUAUUCCAGAAUGGGUCUGCGAUGCUAUGGAGGUAGCCUGUAUCGACAUCUCUACUUGCUGUUUUCCGUCCAACGAUAAGGUCUACACAAAUACAAGUAAUCCUACCAGUAUAAAAACGAACGUACAACAAUUUGGCC